AUGUUUCGCAGAUGCCGGUUAUGGGCUGGGGAGGUGAGAGCUUAUCUGACCUCACCACUUCGCCGGGAGAUUCACCGGUCGAAAAAGGAGAUUCUCGAGCUGAGUGUGAUUCAAGAUGAUCGUCGGCAUACAAAUAUUCGUUGGACCCAUGAACUCGAUCGAGCAUCGAUGAUUGGCUUUCACUGGUCUAAAUUGGAUCCCCGACCAGUAUCAACUCGAUCGCGACCAGCGAAAAAGAACAUCGGAUCGGACAGAGGCACCCAAUAG